AUGAGUCCUAACCAAACGAAUUGCCCAACAUCUUUGGCUGACAGUCCACAAAAACUGCGACCCACAGUGUACAAGCAUGAGCUUGUAUGGAAAAAAAUAUUUUUUUUUGCAUAUGUCCAUCUAGCGGCUCUUGUUGGAAUAUAUUUUCUAACACAAAUGUCAUGGAAGACGUGGAUAUGGUCCAUUUUACUUGUGUUAAUGUCAAGCCAUGGUACUGCCGUUGGUGCUCACAGACUUUGGGCACAUCGCACCUUUAAGGCUAAAUUACCUCUGGAAAUUGUCUUAGCUGUGGAUCAAACAUUGACUUUCCAAACAGACAUAUAUGACUGGGUCAGAGAUCACCGUUUACACCAUAAACAUUCUGAUACAGAUUAUGAUCCUCAUAAUGCAAGUAGAGGAUUUUUCUACAGCCAUAUUGGUUGGCUUAUGUGUAAGAAAUCUCCUCAGCUUAUUCAAAAAGGCAAAGAAAUAGAUCUAAGUGAUCUACUGCAAAAUCGUGUGGUUAUGUUUCAAAGAAAAUACUACUGGUACAUAGCACCAUUUAUAGCUUUUGUUAUACCCGCUGCUGUACCAUGGUAUUUUUGGAACGAAGCUUUUGUUAUUUCAUGGCAUGUCUGCAGUAUGCUACGGUACGUUUACACUUUACACGCUACGUGUUUGGUAAAUAGUGCUGCUCAUAAAUGGGGUACUAAACCGUUUGACAGGAAUAUUCGCCCUGUGGAGACCAUGUUUGUUGCACACCUUAGUUUCGGGGAAGGGUUUCAUAACUACCAUCAUACGUUCCCAUGGGAUUACAAGGCUGCAGAACUAGGCAACUAUUAUGGGAAUCUAAAUACAGCUUUUAUAGACUUAAUGGCUAAAAUUGGGUGGGCGUAUGAUUUAAAAUGGGCGUCUCCAGAUAUGGUUAUGAAGAGAGUGCUAAGAACAGGAGAUGGCAGUUGGAACAAGAGUAGCAUUUGGGGUUGGGGAGAUAAAGAUAUGGAUGAAGAAGACGUAAAAAUGGUCCAGGAUAAUUGGAAGACAAUCGCUAAAUGA